AUGCCACCAAAAAGUACUACCGCCAAACCAACCACAGGUGGAAAAACCACUGCUAGUUCUGCCGCUGCUAAAGCACCGGCCGGUAAAGCUCCCGCUAAAGCGCCAGCAUCUAAGGCACCAAAAGAGAAGAAAACCGGGGACAAACCAAAGAGAAGAAAAGUUCGCAAAGAGACUUACUCAAGUUAUAUCUAUAAGGUCUUGAAACAGGUUCACCCUGACACGGGUAUCUCAAACAAAGCAAUGUCUAUCCUCAACUCGUUUGUUAACGACAUCUUUGAGCGUAUUGCUGGAGAGGCUUCUAAACUUGCAGCUUAUAAUAAACGUUCCACUAUCUCUUCGAGGGAAAUCCAAACAGCUGUUCGCUUGAUAUUGCCAGGUGAAUUAGCUAAACAUGCCGUUUCAGAAGGAACUAAGGCUGUGACCAAAUAUACAAGUUCAAAGUAA